AUGCCCAGCGCGUUUGCGUGGCGCGUCCUUGCCUCCGCUGUGCCGGACUGUACGGCAGCAGCGUACGAUCCUCGGCAUGCGAAGGGCGGCGACGUGUCGCCGUACAUCGGUACGUCGCAGGGCCACAUCUACCGAGGCGAUCCAUCGUCGUCGCAGUCGCUUACGCGGCGGCGCAUUGACCAGCUCUGCCCCAUUCCUGGCACAGCGUGGAUGGCCGCGUUGUCCGAUUCGUACGUGCACCUUGUAUCGACAUCCGAUGCCCCAGGCGAGCCAUGCCGGCUGCCCCACUCCAAAGGCGCGCGGCAGAUGCUCGCGGCGUCAUGGCAGGAGGCCCGUACAGAUACGGCGCACGCCUCGACAACGAAUGCCGCGGUAGCGCCGGCGCGUGCGGUCGGUCUGCGUGGUAUGGACGAGGUAGCCCGUGCGAAGCAACGAGCAACGAGCGAUGUGCAAGUAAGUGCGUUGGCCAUCGCAUGCAAGCAUAGCCUCGUCCUGUACCGCUGGCACGAUGGCCAGUUUUGGGAUGCGAAAAUCGUAGCGUUGCCACGUACGCCGCAAACGCUGGCGUUUGCGCCGGACGGCGGCGUGGUGUUUGUCGGCUAUGGCGCGUACGAAUAUGCACGUGUUGUCGUGCCGCCGCUCCAGGCGUCCAGCUUGGCGUGGCGGGCCUUGCCGCCUGAUGCGAUGACAUCCACAGACUGUCUCGAUACCUGCGCCUGGGACCUGUUUGCCGUCUCUCUCCCGCGCGGCACCGACGCGCCCGAGGCACGCGCGACCACCACGUGGUGGUCGCGCGCGAAGCGGCCACGGGCGUUGGGCUUAGCGCAGGAUGUCCUGUUGGCGACAGAUGCGGGUGCGACAUUUGUUGACGCACAGGGCCGUGCGUCGCGCGCGCACAAGGCCACGUCGACGCUCGCAUGGGACGCGCCGCCCUGGGCCGCCUUCUAUGCUGCGCCGUACCUUGUGCUGCAAGAAUCCGCGCAGCAAUGGGGCGUCUUUAUGGCCUCGACGUUACGUCGUGAGCAAACGCUCCAGGUGCCUGACGAUGCAGGCGAGGUGCGUGUGGUGCAUAGUAGCCGUGGACCUCGUGAUGAGGGUGCGACAUCCGUGCUCGUGUACACGUCAGCAAAGGUGCCAGGGCCUGGCACGCUAUGGACAUGGGACCGUCGUGCGUGGGACGAACAAGUAGAAGCGCUCGCCGCGCAAGGCGAGUACCGCGAAGCGCUCGCGCUGCUUGACGCGCUGGAGGGACCGACCGAUGCGACGUGGGAUGCGCGACGGCAGCAUAUGUGUGCGUUGGUCGGCACGCAGGCCAUGCAGCAGCGCUUGUACGAUGAGGCGAUCGACCAGUUUAUGGCGAUUGAUAUGAAUCCAGCGCAUGUGCUUGCGAUGUACCCCGCCUCGAUUUCCGGCGCGUUGGCGCAGCCGCGCUCGCACUGGCUCGCUAUGGUCGGCGCGCCGGUGCCGCCAAAGGCGGCAGCCACCACUACCACCACCACCGACGACGACGACGAUACCUCCGCGCUCUCGGCGCCGGCGCUCGAUGCCUUGGCGCGCUUCCUCAACGAUCGGCGGCGUUUGCUGCGGCCCCUGGUCGCGUCGUAUACACAUACGCAUCCGCUCGAUACGUCGGUCCUGCUAUCGCUACCUGCGUGGGCAUGCCCGCUCACGUCGCUCACGCCCGAGCAGGGCAUGGCUAUGGCCCAGGCUGUCGACACCGCGCUCUUCCACGUCUUCCUACGUACGAAGCCGAGCUUGGUCGGACCGAUGUGCCGCGUGGCGAAUUGGUGCCAAGUGGCGGACGUGGAGGCUCAGCUGCGCGCGCAUGGCAAGAUGGACGAGCUGCUUGCGCUGUACCGCGGCAAGGCGAUGCAUUCCGAGGCCAUGGCGCUCCUGCGAGCACGGUACACAGCGGCAACGGCAGCGGCAGCGGCAGCGGCGGACGACGAUGCGCAGAGGGAGGCGACAGAGCCAGCGCUAGCGCUGCAAGCGGCCAUCCAGUACUUGCAAGCGCUGGAGGCAGACCAUGUGGACUUGAUGCUCGACGAAGCGCCGUGGAUUCUUGACGCGGCGCCUGACGAGGGCCUGGCGAUCUUCACGUGCGAAGAGCACUUGACGACGUUGCCGCCGAUGCGCGUCGCGCAUGCGCUUGCGCAGCACGCGCCUACGUUGGCCAUCACGUACAUGGAGCGCGUGCUCGCUGCGAUGCCUGCAGCGGACGUACCGCCCGCGCUGCCUACGUUCCUCGCGACGCUGUACCUGACCGCCGCCGCAGCGCACUCCGACGUGGCCAUGAGCACGCUCGAGCAUUUCUUGCACACGUCGACGUCGUACGAUGCCGCGGCCGUGCUUCAGGCGAUGCCCCCACGUCCGGCAAUGCCGCGUAUUCGUGCGUGGCUGCUGGGCCGCGUGCAGCGGCAUGCCGAGGCGCUCACGCUGUACCUAUGUGACCUAAACGACAUGGCCGCUGCGGCGCGGUACUGCGACGUGUACGACGGCGAUGUGCUUACGUUGUUCGUGCGUAUCGUGGUCGAGCAUCGGCGUGCAUGGCUGCCUGAGGCUUUGCGUGUGCUUACGCGGCAUGCGCGUCACGUCGACAUGGCGGCGAUUCUCCCGCUGCUCCCUGCCUCGGUCCCAGUCCAGGACGUGGCGGCGCUUUGUACACGCGCGUGGCGAUGGCGCGCCGCGCAGCGGGACGAGAUUCGGGUGCAGCAAGCGCUGUACGAAGCGCAAGACGUGCGGCUUACGACGCAGGUGCGCGCGCUGCAAGCGCGGCAUGUGCUUGUAUCGGACGGCCGGACGUGCACAUUGUGCCAGCGCCGCUUGGGCCACGCGGUGCUCGCGGUGAUGCCUGCGACGGGUGCGACGAUGCACUACUACUGCGCGAUGAAGCCGGACGCUCCAGGCGGGAUAUAG